AUGUUGGUUUUGUCCCUUAUAAACUUCAAGUUGAAUUCAAGUCAAAUGAGAAAUAAUUUAUUUAAGAUCAUCAAUCAAAAGUUUAAGACCGUGUGCUUUAAGACAUACAACAUGCAGAACGACGCUGGUGAAUUCGUUGACUUGUACUGCCCGAGGAAAUGCUCGGCAUCAAACCGUCUGAUCCACGCCAAGGACCAUGCUUCCGUGCAGUUGGUGAUUGCCGACGUGGACCCUGCCUCGGGCCGCGCCACCGAGUCUGCCAAGAUGUAUGUGGUGUGCGGAGCCAUCAGGCGCAUGGGAGAGUCAGAUGACUGCAUAGUCAGGCUCACAAAGAAGGAUGGCAUAUUGACUAAGAACUACUGA